AUGGAAAAACACCAUCCAGAUACAUUUUUGUUUACGUCAGAAUCUGUGGGAGAGGGCCAUCCAGAUAAGUUAUGUGAUCAAGUGAGUGAUGCUAUACUAGAUGCCUGUCUACAACAAGAUCCUUACUCUCAGAUUAACUGUGAGUGUUUAACUAAGACUGGCAUGAUAUUUGUUAUGGGUGACUUUAUAUCAAAUGCUGUUAUUGACUACCAGAAAGUUGUGAGAGAUACAGUUAAACAUAUUGGUUACACCAGUUCUGAAAUGGGAUUUGACUAUAAGACAUGUAAUGUGUUAGUAUCAGUAAAUGAAAAUCAUCGUGGGGAUUCACAAAAAAAGGAUGAAGGAAAUACCACAGCCAGUGAUCAGGGUUUAAUGUUUGGUUAUGCUACAGAUGAAACAGAAGAAUGUAUGCCAUUGACAGUUGUCCUUUCGCAUCAACUUAAUGCAAAAAUUGCUCAACUUAGACGAGAUGGUGUAUUAGCAUGGGCUAGACCCGAUUCUAAAACUCAGGUGACAGUAGAGUAUUAUAAAGAAAAUAACUCCAUGGUUCCAGUUCGUGUCCAUACUGUAGUUAUAUCUCUGCAACAUGAUGAACAUGUUACCUUGGACACAUUACGUCAAGAAUUACAGAAUAAAGUGAUUAAUACUGUAAUACCAGCUAAAUAUCUUGAUGAUCAAACAGUUUACCAUAUUCAACCUUCUGGUAGAUUUAUUAUUGGUGGACCACAGAGUGAUGCUGGUUUGACAGGAAGAAAGAUUAUUGUUGAUUCCUAUGGAGGGUGGGGAGCUAAUGGGGGUGGGGCACUGUCUGGUAAGGAUGGUACCAAGAUUGAUAGAUGUGCUUCAUAUGCGGCACGAUGGAUGGCCAAAUCUCUAGUAAAAGCUGGUUUGUGUAAACAGGUCCUGAUACAGGUAUCAUAUUCAAUUGGAAUUACUGAGCCUGUUAGUUUAAGUAUUAAUACUUAUGGAACUGGUACCAUAUCAAAUUCUGAAUUGCUUCAGAUAUUACAGUCUAAUUUUGAUCUUCGUCCAGCUCAAAUUGUUAAAGAGUUAGAUCUUCGUAAACCAAUAUAUUUCAAGACAGCAUGCUAUGGACAUUUUGGAAGAAGUAAUGUACCUUGGGAAGUUCCAAAGACCUUGAACUUUUAACUGUUAAAAUAAUUAUAAUUAAAUGGGAAAAUGAAGAGGUUAAAAGAAAGGAAACUUUAUUUCAUGGUUCAAUUUAUUUUAUAGCUCAAUUUAUUUCAGCAAGUUUCAUUUGAUUAUUUAAUUUAUAUUUUCUAAAAUUCAUUCCACAUAAAAAUAUGAUCCUCAUGUAAUGAAAAUGUUUUCUAACAUCUUUCAAAGUUACAAAUGGAUUGCUUAAAAAGAUGCCCAUGUUUUUUUUUUUUUCAUUUUAUUUCAGUCUUAUUUGUUUGAAGUGCAUAUAUGUUCUAAUUGAAUAUGAAUCUCAUAAUUUGAAUUUUGAACAAAGUUUAUUUGAAUCUGUUUGGUUUUUCUCCUUUUUUAAACAGAACACAGAUCUAUGUUUUACUAAUUAUUAUAACUUUAUCUUUUGAAUUUCAUUUACAAGUUUUAAUAUUUUAAUUUUAAUUACAUAAUUUAAAGCAUACACUAAU